UGUCAACGUCAUUCGAAACUAUGCGCGUGUCUGGUAAACAAGUGUGUUAGCUAAAUGAACUAAAUGUUCUUAAUAAAAGAAAUAAAAAUAAAAUUUGAAGUACCUAAUAUACGUCAAAUUAGCGCUACAGUUCUUACCCUGAAUAUAAUAAAUGAAUAACAAGCCUUUCCCAUUGUAAGAUACUAUUAUUUUGAAAAGCGAACACGUGAAAAAUCUAUUAAAAAUUGGAAAAGUUUUCUUUAAUUUGGUGUAAUUUCUAAAUAAAAUGUCGGAAGCGAACGUUUUGGUAAUAGGCGGAGGUGGUCGGGAACACGCUCUUUGCUGGAAGCUAGCGGAUUCGCCUAAUGUGAAAAAGAUUUACUGCGCUCCAGGCAGUGUCGGUAUUUCGACAACAAAAAAAGUUGAAAGCAUCGAACUCGAUAUUAAAAACUACUCGGCAUUAGCGCAAUGGUGCAAAGAUAACAUAAUAGACCUAGUUGUGAUUGGCCCAGAAGAUCCUCUUGCUCAUGGUAUUGUAGAUGGCUUAGUUUCCUAUGGAAUUCCGUGCUUUGGGCCAAAUAAAGCUGGUGCACAAAUAGAGGCCAACAAGGACUGGGCAAAGAGGUUUAUGAACAAAUAUCAGAUACCGACUGCCAGACAUAAGUCCUUCACUGAUGCUGCAGCUGCCAAAGAGUUCAUUAACAGUGCUACUUACCCGGCUUUGGUAGUGAAGGCUUCCGGGUUAGCGGCCGGCAAGGGUGUGGUUGUCGCUACAUGCAAAGAAGAGGCCUGCAAAGCUGUUGAUGAGAUAUUAACCGACGCCAAGUAUGGUACAGCAGGACAGACCGUUGUCAUUGAAGAGUUGUUGGAGGGCGAUGAAGUUUCGGUCCUAGCAUUCACCGAUGGUGAAACCGUGUCGAUGAUGCCGCCCGCACAGGAUCAUAAACGCAUCGGAGACGGCGACACCGGGCCCAACACCGGGGGCAUGGGCGCCUACUCGCCUUGUCCACUGAUAACACCAGACCAACUCGCUGACGUCAAGGACCAGGUGCUGCAGAGAGCCGUCGACGGACUUAAAGCGGAGGGCAUCAAAUAUGUGGGUGUUCUCUACGCCGGCAUGAUGGUCACCAAAUCAGGCCCCAUGACGCUGGAGUUCAACUGUCGUUUCGGUGACCCUGAAACCCAGGUUCUGAUGACCUUAAUGGACUCUGACCUUUAUAAAGUGAUGAAGGCCUGCGUCAACGGCACCCUGAAACAAAUGCAAGUGCAAUGGAACACCAAGAUGUCUGCCGUGGGGGUGGUCAUCUCUUCCAAGGGCUACCCUGAAACUUCGACCAAGGGAUGCGUGAUUAGCGGAUUGUCCCAAGUGCAAGCGAACCCGGAAAUAGUAGUGUUCCAUAGCGGCGUGGGGCGCGGCGCCAACGGGUCGCUGGUGACGUGGGGGGGGCGCGUGCUGCUGGCGUGCGCGCGGGCCGCCUCGCUGCGCGCCGCCGCCGCCGCCGCCACCGCCGCCGCCUCCAUGAUCGACUUCCCCGGCGCGCACUACCGGAAGGACAUCGCACACCGCGCCUUCACCAAGAUCAACGGCCUCUCGUACCUUCAAAGCGGAGUAGACAUAGACGCGGCCGCGACCCUGGUCCGCCAGAUGGAGCCGCUGGCCACCGCCACGCACCGGCGCGGCGUGCUGGGCAGGCUCGGCUGCUUCAGUGGCCUGUUCCAGCUCUCCGCCAUGGGGGAGAAGUGGGAGGACCCCGUCCUAGUGCAGGGAACCGACGGGGUUGGCACUAAGCUGAAGAUAGCUGAGCUAAUGCAGAAGUACGACACGAUCGGCCAGGACCUGGUGGCCAUGUGCGUCAACGACAUCCUGUGCGCCGGCGCCGAGCCCUUCGCCUUCCUGGACUACAUGGCGUGCGGGCGCCUGCAGCUGGACGUGGCCACCGCCGUGGUCCGGGGCAUCGCCGACGCCUGCAUCGCGUCCGGCUGCGCGCUGCUGGGCGGCGAAACGGCGGAGAUGCCGUCGAUGUACGAGGUGGGCAAGUACGACCUGGCGGGGUUCGCGGUGGGCGUGGUGGACAACCGCAAGCAGCUGCCGCGCGCCGCCGCGCCGCCGGACGUGCUGCUGGCGCUGCCCUCCACCGGCGCGCACAGCAACGGGUACAGCCUCGUGCAGAAGAUCAUGGCGGAGACGGGCCACAAGUAUGAGGAGCCGGCUCCGUUCAGCACUUCAAACAAGAGUUUCGGAGAAGAAUUCCUGGUGCCCACGGGCCUGUACGUCAACGCGCUCCUGCCCUCGAUAAAGAAAGGCCUAGUGAAGGGCCUGGCUCACAUCACCGGCGGCGGCCUGCUGGAGAACAUCCCCAGGAUCCUGCCGCCCAACGUGAAGGCCAAGCUAGACGCCACCAAGUUCCGCAUCAAGCCGAUCUUUGGCUGGCUCCAGGCUAAGGGCGUCGUUUCAGACUUCGAGAUGCUUCGCACGUUCAACUGCGGGGUGGGCAUGGUGGUCAUAGCUGACCCUGAGCUGGUGGACGAGCUGCUGGCGUCCGUCGAAGAUCUACACGUCAUCGGGGUACUCGAGGAGAUGGGGGCUGAAGGAGGGCACCAAGUGGUCGUGGAGAAGUUCUCGGAGGCCAUGGCCCCUCUGAAAGCUCCGUACCUGUCUGAUCGCGAGCUGCCCAAGAAGUCGCUUUCGUACAAGGACAGCGGGGUCGAUAUCGAAGCUGGAGACUCCUUGGUCUCCAUGAUCAAACCCUUGGCAAGGUCGACGACGCGGUCGGGCGUUAUCGGAGGUCUGGGCGGCUUCGGGGGCUGCUUCCAGCUCAAGGCCGUGGAACAGGAGUUUAAGGACCCGGUGUUGGUGCUGGCAGCAGAUGGGGUGGGCACCAAGCUGAAAAUAGCGCAAGAGAUUAACAAGCACGACAGCAUCGGCUUGGACCUGGUGGCCAUGUGCGUCAACGACAUCGUGUGCAACGGGGGCGCGCCGCUCACCUUCCUGGACUACUUCGCGUGCGGCUCCCUGCAGGUGUCCGUCGCGUCCAGCGUCGUGGCCGGGGUGGCCGCCGGCUGCAGGCAGGCCGGCGCCGCGCUCAUCGGCGGCGAGACGGCGGAGAUGCCCGGCAUGUACGAGCCUGGCGUGUACGACGUGGCGGGCUUCGCGCUGGGCGUCGUGGAGCGCGCCAACAUACUGCCCAAGAUCAACGACAUCAACGUGGGCGAUAUUGUGAUCGGUUUGCCUUCCAACGGUGUACACAGCAACGGGUUCAGCCUCAUACACAAGCUGAUGAAGAAGGCCGGACUCACGCUCAACGACAAAGCUCCGUUCAGUGCAGAGGGACUCACUCUGGGCGAGGAGCUGAUCAAGCCGACUCGCAUAUACGCGCGCGCGGUGCUGGCGGGCGUGCAGCGCGGGCUGGUAAAGGCGGCGGCGCACGUGACGGGCGGCGGACUGCUGCACAAUCUGCCGCGCGUCAUGCCCGACCACGUGCGCGCGCGCCUCAACGCGCACUGGUGGCACGUGCACCCGGUGUUCGCGUGGAUAGCGGACGCGGGCGCGGUCCAGGACGAGGAGAUGCUGCAGACCUUCAACUGCGGCAUCGGGAUGGUGCUCAUCGUGUCGCCAGAGCACCAGGCUGAUGUGAUGAACAUAAGCCGGUCGUACGGCGCGAUGGUGAUCGGCUCGCUGCAGGCGCGGCCGCCGGGGGGCGCGCGCGUGCUCGUCGACAACUUCGCCUCCGCCGUGGACUUCACGCGCAGGAUGCCGCUCAUGCACAACAAGAAGGUGGCAGUCCUAGUAUCCGGCAACGGUAGUAACCUGCAGGCGCUCAUCGACACGACCCGCGAGCCCGCGCACUGCAUGUGCGCCGAAAUAACCCUUGUGGUCUCUAACAAGAAGGACGCUUUUGCUUUGCAACGAGCCGAGAAGGCGGGGAUACCUACGCUGGUGCUGAGCCACCAGCAGUUCGCGUCGCGCGAGGAGUUCGACCGCGCGGUGUCGGGCGCGCUGGAGCAGCACCGCAUCGACAUCGUGUGCCUGGCCGGCUACAUGAGGAUGCUCUCCGCAGAGUUCGUGCACAAGUGGCGCGGGCGGCUGGUGAACAUCCACCCGUCGCUGCUGCCGCGGCACCCGGGCCUGCGCGCGCAGCGGCAGUGCCUGGAGGCCGGGGACGCCGAGUCGGGCUGCACUGUGCACUUCGUCGAUGAGGGCAUGGACACGGGUCCAAUCAUAGUCCAAGAGCGCGUGCCAGUGUUGCGGGACGACACGGAGGAGACCCUCACGCAGCGCAUCCUGGAGGCCGAGCACCGCGCCUACCCGCGCGCGCUGCGCCUGCUCGCCACCGGCCGCGUGCGGCUCACGGCGCAGGGCGUGCUGCUCUGGCACUCGUAACCCGCUGCGGUCCGCGGGCCCGGCAAACACGCAACGCCACCAUCGACACCCUUAUCAUUGCUGCAGCGGCAUUGCUGCAGUCCAUGGGCGACGGUAACCACUCACCAUCAGGUGGGCCGUAUGCUCGUCUACCUUUCUUCUUAUUCUUGCUUCGGUUUCCUCAAUACUGAGCGUCGUGACCACCUCCUCGCGAAAAGAGUUUAUUGCGGACUAUUCCACGCCAUUUGUCUCUAUCUGCCGCCGAGUGUAGAGCAUCGUGAGCUGUGGUGUCGAGGGUAGUGCGGAUCUGGUCAGUCCAACGUGUCGGGCCUCUACCUCGUCGUCUGCCUACAAGGACAAUAAAAAAAAAGUUUAAGGCAAUUGAGACUUCAAGCUCAUGUUUCUAGGCAGGGGGCGGCCUCAAGUGGCCCCCACUCGAUCACCCCAAAAGUACGUAAUACAUGUGAACAUAUUUCUAAUGAGAGAGGUAAAGGCGGCGUUUUCGUAGUGUUGUCCACGGACCGCUUGACACCUGGUCGGCGUGGGCUCGGUUGCCGGUCUAGGGUAAUGAAGUCAUAACCAAAGUCAAAGCUUAAGUUAGUGUAAUGCAACCGUGUAAUUAAUUCUCAGUUAUUAUAUCCGUGUAAUGUAACACUGGUUAAUGAAUUAUAUCGCCGGCACACGCCCGAUAAUAACACAUAGAUAUAAAAGUGAACAGUGUGCUUAGUGCGAGUUUUUUAACGUUCUCGAUAGCGUAAAAGUUAACUCAAAUUUGUAUAGAGUUAGAACAGCGCCCCUAGCGGCAUACGUUGGCAAACGAUCCAACUCUAUACAAAUUUGUGUUAACUUUUACGCUAUCGAGAACGUUAAAAAACUCGCACUAAGCACACUGGUGUUCGUUGGUAAGUAAUUCCGUUACUUGAGAACGACAAGUCCUAUUGGACUAAUUCUGGCCUAAAAUGUUUGGAACAGUCCAAAAAAGGAUAUAGAAAUUUUGGAAUCUAAUACGGCAGCGUCGGUAGGAGCGGCUGACUUAAAACGGAUCUUAAGAUGAUAGGCAUAAAGUCGGAUUUCAAUGUUUGAAUAUCUCAAGCUGUGUCCGCGGUCUCAACGCCAAAUUUUGUUACACAUUCACACAUGACAUUUACUGUGUUUAAAAUGAAACCUGUUAUAAUCCAGUUUAGAAAGCAUUUGUAUGAAAUUUCAUCCAAAUACGGUAAGUAAUUUUUGCGUGAUGAGUAACAAACAUACAUAUACAAUUAAUUGUCACUAUUCUGAUAAAUAUAAUUACCAUAAUGCACUUUCAGAGCAAUUGGUAUAAUUCGCGCGAAGCCGGGCGGAGUCACUCGUAUUGUAUAGGUUGUAAUCGGUUUUAAUGAUUCGUAGAUAUUUGACACUUUCUAAAAAUAUUUCUCUAAAUUAAUAUUAAUUAAAACGAAUUUUGCGACAAACACUAGAUCCGACUUUAUGCUUCUGAUUUCGAGAUAUCUACCUCGUCACGUGCAAGCGAACGAAUAGAAAUUAACACAAAUACACAACUACCCUCGGAACGAAUUUUUAAAUGCGUAAUCAUACCCGCUCUUUGGGAAUGAACGUAUGAAAUGGCGUACAGAAUUGUAAUUAUAAAUUGUAUGACGUAAUAAGACAAUUUAUCAGACAAUAUAUUUAGAGAAAAAUUAUCUGACAGGUUGUUCAGAGCUACAAAUUUCUUCUUCAAUCUCCGUCGACAGUACCCGGAACAUUGUGUACGUAUUGAGUUACGAGUGUUUCAUAAUAGCGAAGGCAGUUAUACACGGGUGUGAGUAGGACAGCUAUAUGUUUCAGACUUCAAACGCGAUACGCGUUCAUUUGAAAUAGCCUGAUUUUAUCAAUCGAUCAUUAUCGAUUGUUAAAAUGUUCAGUACAUUCCAGACUUAAGCAUUUAGAUUUUAAGUUCGUCGUCUGUGUGCCACUGGGCUGAAGUAAUAACUCGAAUUUUUUAUAAAUUUACAUUAGUUUGUAUAUCAUUAUAAUUGUGUGUUACAUUAUCAUUAAUGUUGUGUAAAGUUUUAAAAUGUAUAAUUAAAAUCUCACAAUUAUCUUUUAGGGACACUUGUUUACUAUGAAAUUUUUACAAGGAAAUAUGUUAUGAUUGUUAGAAAUAAAAUACACUUAUUAAAUUCA